CGCUAUCAAAUCUAAUCUGAGCCAUUAAAAUUCUAAAUCAAUCAACGGCUGAGAAGCUCUUCUCAGGAAAACACAUCCGGAAUUCCCAAUCCGCGCUCUCAAAACCCCACCUAUAAAACCGGACUCCGACGACGAUUUACAACAACCACCGCCGUUUCAGAGCAAAUCCCCGAUAAGAUUUUACGUUCACGCGAUUUGAUCGUCUCCGAAAUGGCCCGCACCAAGCAGACAGCCCGCAAGUCCACCGGAGGAAAGGCCCCGCGGAAGCAGCUGGCGACAAAGGCGGCGAGGAAGUCCGCGCCGGCGACGGGCGGAGUGAAGAAGCCGCACCGUUUCCGGCCGGGAACCGUCGCGCUGAGGGAGAUCCGCAAGUACCAGAAGUCCACGGAGCUUCUGAUCCGGAAGCUCCCGUUCCAGAGGCUGGUGAGGGAGAUCGCUCAGGAUUUCAAGACGGAUCUGAGGUUCCAGAGCAGCGCCGUGUCGGCUCUGCAGGAGGCGGCGGAGGCGUAUCUCGUCGGACUGUUCGAGGACACGAAUCUGUGCGCGAUUCACGCAAAGAGGGUCACCAUUAUGCCCAAGGACAUGCAGCUCGCCAGGAGGAUUCGCGGGGAGAGGGCUUAAUCUUCUAGAAUGUUCCAAAAAAAUCUGUUGUCUUCUUAAUCAGCCUCUCUAUUUGGGUAAUAUUAUGAUCUUUUUAGUUCUUUGCUUGGUUUCUUUUGUUCUUCAUCAUGUAAAUCUUUCUGUUCAACCUCUAUCAUGUAAUGGUUAAUGAAAUUUUACUUUUCAC